AUGUCCUCCAGAGCAAGUAUAACCAAGAAAGCAUGCGACGGAUGUAAGAUUCGGAAGAUUCGCUGCGGUGGUGGCCAGCCAUGCCGGUCCUGCUUCAAUGCACGCAUCAAGUGUACCUACAUUCGGGUCCAGCAACCUCGUGGUCCUCAGAAGCUGCGCGCAACGACAAAGUACCUUAUAGACCAAGCUCAACGCGGUAUCGAGGUACAUGAUGCUCUACCCUCAGUCCCUCAGAGCGGGGAGGUACUAGAAACCGACCACGCCUCGACACCAGUACAGCGAGAAUGCGGUGCAAAAUCGGAAAGAUCUCGGAUACCCACCAAUGUUCUCGCAUCCCCGCUUUAUAUAUACCACGUGCGAAUGUAUCCAGUCUGGCCUGUCGUGGAUGUCGAAAGUGUCAUGUCCAGUUUGCAGCAGGAUACUGAGGAGAAUGACCACGAGACAUAUGCAUUGGCAACUGCUGUGGCAGCGGCAACGAUCGCUCAAUUAAGGCUAGGGCAAAAUUCUCUCCCUGACAAGUCGGUGACUGCGGAAACAUUUGCUGCGGAGUGCAUGAAGGCCCGCAGAUCCUGCGAUUACCGAUCAAGGCUCAAUUUAAAUAAUGUCCGGACGGCUUUUUUCCUUCAUGUAUACUUUGAGAACCACCAAUCGGGCGCCAGUGAAUCACUAUUAUACUUGAGAGAGGCUAUUACACUCGCCCAGAUGAUGUGUCUGCAUCGAGAAGUCUCGUACGCUGGCCUUCCCCCGGAAGAGCAACAAAUGCGUCGCCGUGUGCUAUGGCUGUUGUUUGUCACUGAACGCGGCGUCUGCAUCCUCCACAAACUCCCCGUAGUCUUGAGGACAGAUAUCUCAACCCCAGAGCUUGAUGCGAAUGAUGAGCCCCAGGUUCUGCCGGCCUUCCUGAAACUGCUUAAUCUGUUCCGACUGUUCGAGCAGUCUAAAAUGUUCGACAUUAUCGAGGAUGAUCAGGGAGGCUUUGAGCCACUGUCUAGCGAAAUCCCUAACCUAGACAGCCGUUUUCUUAGGCUAUUGCAAGAUAAUUUGCAGGACGGGUCAGCUCUGUUGGAUCAUAUUUCAGACGUACAGAAAGCAGAUCUUUGCGUUACCCGACAUUGGAUGCGCAUGAUCUUGUGGAAAUUCUCGUCCAAGAAAAGCGCUCAUGGAUCGUCUGUUCAUUGGCCCACUUCUCCAUCCUUUCCGAUCGUGGUCGCAAAGGAGCUAUUGAACAUAGUAUCCCAACUACCACGAGCGGCGAUCGAAGCCCAUGGGCUCGGUAUGGAGUUGAAACUCUAUGAGAUCGCCAGCUCACUCGCCGAUGCCGUAAUAGACCUCGCAAUGUUGCCACGGGCGCCUUCUUGGGAUAAUGAAAGCCGCCCCAGCAGCAUUCUAGCCCGACUACACUCCAUCCUCUCCACUUUCAGAGGUGGGGGCAACAAAGAGCUAGCUGAGUUACUGUAUAAGAUGAUGGCAGAUGCGCAAGCUAGAAGCGGUCCUGCAUUAACGCCUCCAAUAAGAGAACCGCAUCCACCAGUUAAGAGUAAAAUGCUACCUGCGACCACUACUUCUGUGUCAGGUGGAGAGGAUCUAGCCCAUAAACGGGCUACUACUGCAAUGGAAGCUGCAGGUCCCAUAGCUGACGACAUCAGCACGCUCAAUAAUUGGUCUGCUGCCACUGAGGCUCAGCUCCCUGCAAUGCAGUCUGUGGGCCAAGGGCAUAUACAAGAUAGUCUUAGUCUCGAGCACCACGCGCAGAGUGGGUACAACGCUCUUCAGCCACUGGAAGACAUGCUGUUUCCUGAGUUUUUGGAGUCAACGAUUUCUCCGCAACUCGAGUCUUCUCAGAGCGUCUAUGACCCCUCUUUCGGCAAUUUGCUGCCAUACUCGUUACCACUGGAGGGUGCAAGGAGUACACCCUUGAGUUUCGCCUCACUGUCACCUGCUUUACCCUCUGGCUCUGUCGAAAUGCUGAUAAAUGAUUUCAUCUCGCAAAUUCCGGAGGGUCAGUUCACACCUGAGCUCAACUUUUCAAGCAAUGACUUUUCAGAUGCAGUCUUGUCUGGUGAAGGAUUUCUGCUUUCCUAG